AUGAACAUAUCGACGACUCCCAUCUCUACGUCGAGCCAUCAGGCCAUUAUGAAAUGCCCCUGGCAAUGGCGUCAGCCCUUUUUGGAUGAGAAACGUGAGAGCCGCAAGCGCAAAGUCGGUGACGGUUAUUUCUACGACCCCGUGGACCCAAACUUUGUAGACCAUUUAUUGCCUGGUUAUGCCAAGAAAUUCUGCGGUGCUGACGUGCUUGAGUCGGAUGAGAAGGAGAAUAUUCAGCGUGAGAUUGAACGUCUUAUGACCAUAAAGAACGACCCACUCGGUCGCACUGACACCUCGGACGAUGAAGAUGAUUUUAAUGUCAGCUGUGAAAACCAGGCGCUCGUUGACAGCAUCCUGCUCAUGUCCAAGUCCGUGGAGGCCUCGUCGUUGACGCCGCUGGCGUCGCCCAAGAGUGUGAUGUCCUCCUCGUCGGACGAGAGCAGCGAUGACGACGACAAUGAGCUCAGCAGUAGUAGGGAGGAGCCGCUUGAUCUCGCUGAGGACCGCCCGGCUAAGCUCCUAGCGCACCGCAGCGCGUCGCUCGAGCUUGUGUCCGAUGACUUGCAAGAGGCCUUUUUUGCGGUCGAAGACAGUGAGCUGCUCGAUUUCCAGACGAUUCCCAGCUCUAACGCAGCGGAAACGGACUGA